AUGGCUUUGUUAGAAACCAGAUUGAGUGGUGUUAUGGCGGAUAGAGCUAUUCGGCGUCUUGGUUUUUCUGGUCACUUUCAUCGUGAUGCUGUUGGUUUUUCUGGCGGUAUUUGGGUGCUUUGGAACACUGAUGAAGUUUCAGUGGAUGUUCUUUUUUCUCAUCACCAACUUGUCCAUACUAAAAUUUGUUGGGUAAAAGAAAAUAGAGAGGAGUUCAUGACUUUUAUUUAUGCAAGUCCGCGAAGACAGGAACGUAUUCAGCUGUGGGAAAUUCUGUCUUCACUGUUUGAUCAGUCCAUGAGGAAUGCAGCUUGGGGGAUAGCAGGUGAUUUUAACACUUAUUUGUAUGAGUAUGAGAAGCUAGGUGGUAAUGGGCAUAACUGGAAUAGCAUGAGGGAAUUUCGUGAUUGUUUAGAUGAAUGUAGCUUGUCUGACAUUGGCAAUCAAGGUCCUAUUUUCACUUGGCAAAGAAGAAAUCUUCAGGAACGUCUUGAUAGGGUUUGCGCUAAUGAUAAUUGGAACUUGGUUUUCCCUAACCGUGUGGCUUUCAACUUGCCUUUCUUUGGCUCAGAUCAUCGACCAGUGUUAUUAUGGGAAGGUCAACCUGCUAUUUAUCCGAGAGGGGAGCGUCCUUUCCGUUUUCUAGCGUCCUGGUUAACAGAGAGCACUUUUCAUGAGGUGGUUAAUGGAUGUUGGUCAAACAAUGUAAACUGGAUGCAUGCUAUGGAGACAUUUCGGAUUAAUGCUUCGGAAUGGCAUAGAAAUGUUUAUAGGAUUGCUCUGAAAAGAAAGAAUGAUUUGCAUGCAAGGAUUAGAGGUAUUGAUAGAUGUCUUAGUUAUCAGUACAGUCAUAGCCUUGAGAUGUUGCAAAAGGAUCUAUGGAGGGAACUAGACAAGAUUUAUCUUCAAGAGGAAAUUACUUGGUUUCAAAGAUCGAAAUUGAAUUGGUUUGCUCUUGGAGAUAGGAACUCGCGUUUCUUUCAUUCUGUGACGGUUGCCAGACGUAGGAGGAAUCACAUAGAUAUGUUGAAAAACUCGGAGGGAGUUUGGAUUGGUGAUCAACAGGUUUUAAUGGAAAUGGCUGUUUCUUUCUUUGAAAAUCUGUGA